AUGAAGUUCUCAGCUGUCGUCUCUGUCGCCUCUCUCACUGCCGCUGUCGUGGCCACCCCUCCCGCCUGUCUUCUCGCUUGUGUCUCCCAAGUCUCCAAGGCUCAGUCCUGCUCCGACCUUAACGACUUUGACUGUAUCUGCACUUCUAAUGGCGAUUCUGUCAUUAGCUGCCUCAACUCUAUCUGCCCCAACGAUAAUGCAGACACCGCUAUUUCGGCUUUUAAGAGCUCUUGUUCCGCUCAGGGCAAGGACGUCUCGGCUUCUUCUUCUUCUUCCUCUUCAUCUUCUUCAUCUACAGUUUCAUCCUCAUCUUCUUCUGUCGCUUCUUCGACCAUCUCUUCUUCCUCUGCUGCUGCAACUACCACUUCUUCUUCUUCUUCUUCUGCAGCUGCUUCUUCCAUCGCCUCUUCUUCUGCCGCUGCUACUUCCUCCGCUGCCGCUACUUCUUCUGCCGUUGCUACUUCCUCCGCUGCCGCUACUUCUUCUGCAGCUGCUUCUUCCAUCGCCUCUUCCUCCGCCGCUGCUACUUCUUCUGCCGCUGCCUCUACUUCUUCUGCAGCUGCUACCUCUUCCAAGGCUUCUUCUUCUUCAGCUGCUCCUACCACCACAUCUUCUUCCGUCGUCAAGCCUUCCUCUACUGCUGAGGUUGAGGUCUCCACUGUUUUCACCACUGUGUGCUCCACUUCUCCUUGCCACGCCCACUCUUCAGCCUCCGCUUCUUCUUCUUCUUCUUCUUCUUCCACUUCUCCUGCAGUUGUUCUUCCCACCUCUUCUAGCAACACUACCGGUAACACUACUUCUCCUACCACCUUGCCUGUUGUCAAUGACAAUGCUGCCUCUUCGGCCUUUGUCCAGGCUUCUGCUUUUGCCGCCAUUGUUGCUGGUGCCGUUGCCGUCUUUGCUUUUUAA